AGGCUGCCACCAGUGGAGCGUAAACUGAAGAACAUGUGGAUUAACUUUGGCCCGCAACACCCCGCGGCCCACGGCGUGCUGCGUCUCAUACUGGAGCUCGAUGGGGAGAUAGUCGUACGAGCCGAUCCACACAUCGGAUUUUUACACAGAGCUACCGAGAAAUUAAUGGAGCACAAACAUUACUAUCAGAAUUUACCAUUCAUGGAUCGCUUGGAUUAUGUGUCGACUAUGGCGAAUGAGCAAACCUACGCGCUUGCUGUCGAGAAGCUGCUAAAUAUAAAAGCUCCUCCGAGAGCUCAAGCUAUUCGUGUGUUGUGCACUGAAAUCAGCCGGCUCGCCAAUCACAUGCUAAAUGUUUCAGGAACUAUACUCGACGCUGGUGGUAUUACUCCCUUCUUUUGGAUGUGCGAAGAGCGAGAGAAAAUUUACGAAUAUUUCGAAAGACUUUGUGGUUCUCGUGUUCAUAACGCAUACAUCAGAAUCGGGGGGGUAUCUCAAGAUUUGCCAAUAGGAUUUCUUGAUGACAUAUAUGAGUUUUGUGAAAAGUUGGGAGUGCGCUUUGAUGAAACUGAAGAUCUCGUCACGGGUAAUAGACUGUACUAUGCCAGGACUGCAGGUAUCGGGGUAGUCAGUUCACAUGAAGCUAUCAGCCUUGGAUUCACUGGACCGAUGCUGCGGUGUACCGGCGUGAAAUGGGAUUUACGCAUUGCUUUUCCGUAUGAUGGAUAUGAGCACUACGAUUUUGAUUGCGUCGUUGGUACUUUUGGGGACAGUUAUGACCGACAUUUACUGCGUAUGGAAGAAAUGCGGCAGUCCUUGAGAAUAAUUAACCAAGUAUUAAAUAGCAUGCCUGAAGGAGAAAUCAAAACGGAUGAUUCUAAAGUAUGUCUCCCGACAAGAAACGAAAUGAAACUUUCUAUGGAAUCACUUAUUCAUCACUUUAAAUUGGUGACUGAAGGCUUUCCUGUUCCGCCUGGUGUUACAUAUACCUCGACGGAAACACCGAAGGGUGAGCUGGGGCUCCAUAUAGUUUCUGAUGGUACAUCCAAGCCUUAUCGCACGCAUAUUCGAGCAGCAUCUUGUACACACUUGAUGGGAGUAGCAAGAUUGGCGAGACGUUUAAUGUUGGCUGAUAUUGCUAUUUUAGUUGCAACAAUCGAUAUAGUUUUCGGUGAUGUCGAUCGUUAACGCCCAAAACCAUGCUGUUAUUAUAAUUAUAAUAUAAAUCGUAAAUGCAAUAAUAUAAAUCCUUAUAAAUGUUAUACAAUUUGA